AUGACUGAGGACUUGAAUUACUACAUUGGCCCUGUGUCCAUCACCACUGACCCAAAGAAGUUCCAGCAGGAUCUGCAGGAGCUGUUUGUCCAAGGAGGUGGAGACUGUCCAGAGAUGAGUAUAGGAGCCAUAAAGAAGGCCCUGGAGGUGUCCCUACCAGGCUCCUUCAUCUACGUGUUCACUGACGCCAGGGCCAAAGACUACCGCCUCAAACGGGACGUGCUGCAGCUGGUGCAGCUCCGACAGUCACAGGUUGUGUUUGUGCUAACUGGGGACUGUGGAGACCGCUCUCAGCCUGGGUACAGAGCCUAUGAGGAGAUCGCUGCCACCAGUUCUGGACAGAUCUUCCACCUGGACAAGCAGCAGGUCAAUGAGGUCUUGAAGUGGGUGGAGGAGACAGUGCAGGCCCUGAAGGUUCACCUGCUCUCCUCCAAUCAUGACAGUGCUCAGGAGAACCAGUGGGAGGUGCCCUUUGACCCCAGCCUGAAGGAGGUCACUGUGUCACUUAGUGGGCCAGCCCCUCAGAUCGAGCUCAGGGAUCCCCUUGGUCACAUUGUUAGAGUGGAGCAGGGCCUCACAGAGCUGUUGAAUAUUCCAAAUUCUGCCCGUGUUGUCAACCUGAAGUUCCCCCGACCUGGAGCCUGGACUCUGAAGGUGGGCUGCGGUGGUCGUCACACUCUGAGAGUUACAGGGGUCAGCAAUCUGGACUUUCGGGCUGGGUUCUCCAGUAUACCAGUGUCUGAGUUCAACCAUACCAGGGAGAGACCCAUCAAAGGAGUUCCAGCCCAUGUGCUGCUGAAGUGUACAGGACUGAAGCCCCCAGGUCAGCUGAGUCACAUGGAGUUAGUUUCAGGUUCAGGACGCUCCUUACGCACCCUCCCCGUGCCUCUGCCCUCUGACAGGGGCAGCUUAGGACUCUGGAAUGUCCCAGAAUUUCGCACUCCUUCCCAAAGCUUCUUCCUCAAGGUGACAGGGAAGGAUAAGGAAGGAUACCGCUUCCAGAGGUUGUCCAGUGUCUCCUACACAAACAUCAUCCCAGAUCCCCCAGCGGUGAGCAUGCCCAAGGUGGUGAACGGCUUUUAUAUGCAACCCGCUAUGAUUGGCUGUUCGGUAGAGAGCGACGUUCCCUAUAGGCUGAGGUUCACCAGGAGUGGAGUGGCUAUUGGGGAGGAGAAGUUGUUCCAGUUCUCUGGCAAAGCAUCAUGGGAAAUUCCACAUGCCUCAGGUAAGGAUGAGGGUCCGUAUGAGUGCAUCGCUCAGAGCAGCGCAGGACUGGGAAGAGCAUUCACACAGCUGACCGUGAGAGAGCCUCCUCCGGUGCUGAAGGCCCCAGUGAACGUGAGCUCUACUGUGGGUGCUGUGGCUGUGCUGGCCUGCCAGUUGGAGGGCUCCAUGCGCCACAACCUGACCUGGCAGCGGGCAGGCCUCACUAUCCUGGCCGCCUCCGGGAGGGUCAGGGUCCUGCCCAACUCCUUCCUGGAGAUCAGUGGGGUGCAGCCCCAGGACGCUGGCCAGUACCAGUGUGUGGCCACCAAUGCCAACGGAGACAGCCGAGUCACAGUGUGGCUGCUCGUCCCAGAGGCCCCUUCUGUGGUAGUCAGCCCCCAGAGCCAAGCCUUCUCCAGGGGGUCUGAGGUCCGCCUCGUCUGCACAGCGUCCGGCUCCCCCCCUCCCCAGCUCUUCUGGAGUCAUGGAAACAUGUUCCUCACUAAUCGGCCAAGGAUGACUAUAUCCAACCAUGGAGGCCUAACAAUCAGAGAUGCCCUCCCCGAGGAUGCUGGGAACUACUCGUGCCUGGCGACCAACGAGGCUGGAACCGCCACUCAGACUGUGUCUCUCAAUUAUGCAGAGGAACCCAGUAUCUGGGUGGUGAAACCGGUUGUGAUGGUGGCAGUUGGAGGUGAUGCAACUCUGGAGUGCCGAGCCACAGGCAUUCCUCUACCUCUGGUCAAAUGGUCCAAAGGUGAUCUACAGGUGGGCUCAGUUCCUUUUGCUGAGCAGGACGUGCAUCGUGGGACGCUGCAGAUCCGAGGGGUGCAGGAGAUGGAUGCUGGGGAGUACAGCUGUGUGGCCAGUAACCCUGCUGGAACCUCGUCUGCUACUGUUAUUCUGGAGGUCGGAGCGGCCCCUCUAUUCUCAGAACCCCCAGAUGACAUGACAGUGGAUGUGGGGGAGAAUGUCACGCUGCCCUGUGUCGCCCGUGGUUUCCCCGUCGCCUACAGUUACCUGGCGUCGAAAGGAUGGGAGACCGAUCAUCACUAA